AUGUCGCGAUACGAUGUUGCAGGUGAACCCACAGCCGAACACAUUGCCGAAAAUUAUAAGGAAGUCAUGGAACGUAUUCAUGCCGCCUCUGGAGGACGUUCGGUGUCGCUUGUUGCUGUGAGCAAAACUAAAUCUCCAGCGUGUCUGCAGGCGCUGUACGACUGUGGGCAGCGCUGCUUUGGGGAGAAUUAUGUUCAGGAGAUGGUUGAAAAGGCAGGUGUAUUGCCGAAAGACAUCUGCUGGCACUUCGUUGGUCACUUGCAGAGCAACAAGGUGAAGGAGCUUCUUGAGGGAGUGGAGGGCCUGUGUCUCGUGCAGACCGUGGACAGCGCAAAACUGGCAAACAAGUUGCAAGAUGGUUGUGUGAAGUAUCGUGAAGGUCGCCCCUUGGACGUUUACGUGCAGGUUAACACAAGCGGUGAGGAGUCAAAGAGCGGCACGGAGCCGGGAAAACCGGCGGUAGAGCUCGCACAGCACAUACAGGAGAAAUGCAAGCUGCUCAAAUUGGCGGGGCUUAUGACCAUUGGGAUGCCUGACUACACGAGCCGUCCUGAAAAUUUUGAAUGCUUAUUGAGCACACGUGAAGCCGUUGCUGCAGCUCUUUCUGUACCUGCCGAUUCCCUUGCACUCUCAAUGGGAAUGACUGGUGAUUUUGAAAACGCGAUAAAAAUGAGGUCAACAGUGGUGCGAGUAGGGACUGCGCUUUUUGGUCAGCGUUACUACCCAAAAAAGUGA